UUGAUUUUUACAGUUCAUCUAUGGACAAAAAUAAAAUUGUAAAUAGUUUGAACAAGCUAGUAUGCAUUUGAUUUCAAUGAUAAAAAUAUACAAUACCAUCACCUAAAGUGCAAACAGACGUGACUGAAUUUCAAUUAAUGCAUUUAAGCAUUGUGGAAUGGUCUAUAUAACUUUAUGCAAACACCAAUCUCGGAUCUUGACGUUGGCAUAUAAAUAAGUUUCUAAUUCUAAUAUUGUUAAAAAACUGUUGCAUUUCGUUUUGAUAUACAAGAUAUUGAAAUGGAGGAGUCGCCAGGCACAAUGACGCAGGAGACAACAGGACCGUCCACACCAAGUACUGAUGUCGACCCUACUGAGCUUGCAGUAAAUGUGAAACAAGAAGUCGAAUUAAUGGUAGACGAAUAUGAAACAAACUCAAACAUCGACGAUGAAGAUUAUGACGGUAGUGACUCUGAAAGUGGUUAUCAUUUUGACUAUGAACCUGAAGUUAAACGGCCUUGUCCAGUCUUGCCUGAUUUAGAUGCAAAGAAGAACGCGUACAUAAAGAGUGCAAGUUAUAUUUACAGCAAAUUUGUUAUGAGACAAUGCCCGAUGUGUGAUUAUGAGUUUAAUUCGGCACAUUGUUGGAAGAAGCAUUUAAAUUUUGUUCAUCAUCUAGAGAAACCGGAAGAUUUGCAGUUUAAGUACAAUGAAGUAGGCGCGAAGUGCAAAUUGUGCGACUUUCAAACGGCAACACCAGACUUCAACAAAUUACUAGAUCAUCAAAUUUCUCAUAUGCCAUUCAGUCAUUAUUUGAAAUGCAAAUUAUGCGAAUGGAGGACAAAAACACAUCCAAGUAUGAAUUUUCAUUUGCGCCAACAGCAUUCGGAUAUACUCGAUGUAACGUGUAAAAGUUUAGAGUUAACGAUUUGUCCAUAUUGCCAGCAAGAAUUCGCGUCCCAGUGGUAUGUGCGUAAACACAUUAUACAAGAACAUGCAAAAACUAUCGACGAUAGAACAUGCUUUAUUUGCUUAGAAUGUGGUGAAGAAUUUUUGACAAAUGCCAGUUUACGUGCGCAUGUGGCCGAAAAAUUCAAAGACAAGUCCGUGAUCGAACUAGGUUUUAAGGAAUUUCCUGCUAAUGGCGAUGAUGAAGCUAUGUUUAAAUGUAUUCAAUGUCCAACGGUUUUCCGAAAAAUUACAUCGAAUCGCACGAUAAUUAAUUUGCGAGAACAUUAUAUGUUGCAUUUAGGAGAAUCGACAGGUAAACAUGCUUACAAAUGCAGAUAUUGUGAAGAAAGCUUUCGACGUUUCGAUAAUAUGCGAGUACAUGUUUGCGACGAAUUACGUAAGGUAUUGGAAACAAUGGCGGGCUCCCAAAAUAUGAGUUUUGGCACAAAUAAAGCACCAUCGCUUAGUCGAAAACGUAAGAUGGCAAAAAAAAUGCAAUAUGAACCCGUUAUUGGCCUGAAAAGAGAUUAUAUGAAAUAUAUUCGGCAUGUUUGUUUAAAAUGUGGAGUCUCAUUUGGUAAGUUGUUUCAUUGCAAACGGCAUAUGUUCCAGAAGCAUGGGAUGAACAAACCGGAGGGUCUCGAUUUUAGAAAGGUCGGAAAUCAAAGUGCCUCGGAUGUAUACGAAUGUACAGUAUGCGAAGAGUUUACCUCCGAUUUUGACUUAAAUACGAUGUUAGUACACGCACGAAUACAUACAGUAUUUGAUCCUUUACAAUGCAAACAUUGUCACCAGUCUUUCGGCUAUGAAUCCGAAAUACCUGGACAUGAGUGUGUAGAUGUGGAAAGCGUAAACACGUUGACUGAAAAAAGAGGUCCAAGAGAGAUACCCAUACCUAACAUGGAAAGCUUUUGCCCAAAAUGUGGGCAAACCUAUUCAACGCCAUCUUGUCUAACUAGACAUAUGAAUAGAGUGCAUGGAAUGAAUGAACCAUACGGGCUCGGUUUCGAAAUCUGCGAACCGAUUGACAUCACUGAAAAAGUAUACCGUUGCAGUGAAUGUGAAAAUUUCACAGCUAUGGAGAAGAAUUUGAAAGCUAUGCUAGAGCACGCUCGGGAACAUUUUCCCUUUGACAGUUUCAGGUGCACUCUAUGCAAAGAGCGUUUCCGGUUAAAAGAUCAAGCGAGGAGACAUCAAUGUUCAAAUGACACCAGCAAAGAAGAUGAUAUGUACGAUGAAAAGAUAUUAAAGAAAACACGGCUGAAUAAAAUGGGACGAUUUUGCCCUAAAUGCGGCAAAACGUUUACCAAAACUUGCAUUUGUAAAACGCAUAUAACCCAGGUGCAUGGAUUCGAUAAACCGGCUGGUCUGGGGUUUGAAAAAAUUGAAUCGAUGGAUGGUAUUACUGAAGAAACAUAUCGUUGCAUUGAAUGUAUCACUUAUACAACAACACUGGAUUUAGGUGUUAUGUUGGAACAUGCCAGAGAGCAUUUUCCUUUUGAGAGUUUUUGGUGCAUGUUAUGCAAUGAGCGCUUUAGAUUAAAAGUACAUGCAAAAGAACACAAAUGCUUAAAUGCUACAAGUAAAGCGGAAUAUGAAAAGGAUGGGGAGAACGACAAGACGUCACGAGCGAGAUAUCCAAAGACUUUUGAGAAGUGUAUAAGGAAAUUUUGCCCUGAGUGCAAUACUGAAAUGCCAAGUGUGAAAACAUGGCGCUGGCAUUUGUGUAGAUAUCACGAAAUGGGAACUCUUUCAGGUUUACAUAUGAAGCAAACAAAAGGCAAUUUGGUAGAAUGUUUGAUUUGCCAAGUACAAAUGACAUAUGCAAGGAGACAAGAGCACAGAUUCGUGCAUCUGCCUUUCAAACCGUUUCAAUGCAAAUAUUGCAGCGAAUAUUUCAUCGAAAUUGAAAAGGCAAAAUUUCAUUGCAGCGAAUGCACGCAAAUACCAUUAAAUUUCGAGGAAAGUGAAGAGCCAAAAGUAAUCGUAAGAGAUUUAUAUAAGAGGCUUCCGCGACGCGUUGAAAUAAAAAUUGAUGAUAAAAAUGAACAAAUCAAGAAUUCGAUAGGCUUACAAACAAACGUGAUAGAUGAAAGCAAAGCGCAGACGAUGAAAUGCCAUAAACAAACAAGCAAUAAUAUGAGUUUGGAAAAAUUAAAUGAACAAGAAGAAUUGGACAGUGGAAACGAAAGCAGAGCUACAAACAAAGGCAUAUGCGUAGUACUCACGGAUGACAAUGAUUUCGCAAAGUUUGUUAGAAUAAGCUGCCCAUUAUGUCCUGAUACCGAAUUCGAAUCCAAUCUAUUCCUAUCACGUCAUUUUAACGAAGUACAUGAUAACUUCCGCGAACACUUUACAGUUCAUAAAACAAACUCGGCGAAUUGUAAAACGUGUAACAAAUAUUUCAAUAUUGUAUACAAAAAGACAAUGAUAAAGCAUUAUUUAAGUGAAAUCAACGCAACGUGUUUCUGGUGUCGACUAUGUGAAAAGAACAUGUUAUACUUUGAGACCAUGCGGACACACCUUUUGGAGGAUCACCAAGCCGUGAUAGCAGGGCAAACACAAGAGGCGAGUAGUUCAACAUCCACGGCGGCUGAUGUGACGGAUCCUUUGAAAGUAACAUCUGUAGACAUUUCAAAAGUAUCACGCACCACCAUGGCUAUACCCACAAGCAAGACAGCUGUUUUCAAUGAAUUUAAUGCUUACAUUUCAUACGCAUGUCCCGAAUGCAAUGUGCCAUUCGAUACAUCCGAGCAAUGGCAUUUGCACAUAAAUGGUGAGCAUGAUUUCUUUGAUCAGCAUCAGUUGAAUAUUGAAGCCACACCGGAUGGCUUUAAGCGUUGUAAACAGUGCAGUGUCAAUAUAAGUGGUGGCGUAUUGGCGGAACAGCGUCAUAAAUUGACGCAUAUGCAGUUUAAAUCGUUUAUAUGUACCCUCUGCCAACAUCGCUCAACCACGCUGGGUGUGCUCACUCAGCACUUUCGCAGACGUCACUUUGCCAAGGGUGCGUUUAAAUGCGGUUUGUGUCCACGCGUUCUAAGUACUUCAUGUGAACAAAUCGAACAUAUAAAGAGUGAGCACGAUCCACGUGAAUACCCACCAAGAUUAUGUCGCGUUUGUUUUAAUAUUUUUAGCUCAGCCAGAGCAUUGCUUAUGCAUAUGGAUUUGCAUAAUCCCAAUCGCGAAGUUUUCCAAUGUAAUUUCUGCGAUCGUUUGUAUAAAUAUAAAAGAGAAUUACGUUUACAUGUGCGGGCUAAACACCCCGGAAAAGAAGUUACAAUCAGUGAAAAUAAUUAAACUUAAAUUAUGAACGAAAACUUGAUAAUUUUUAAUUUGAAUAAGUUACAGUAAUAAGAAGAAAUGCAAUAUAAUUUAAAAAGAUUUAAUUAGACACAUAGUU